CUCUUGUUGACACCUCAGUAUUGUUCUCUAACAUUACUGAGCUCUCACUUCGCUAGCGCGUAUAGAACCAUCAUCAUAAGUAAGUUAUACGCCAUUCUUUCAGUUCAAAACUCGGCGCGUAUCACCGUCAGGACUCAGCAGGAGAAAAUCGAAGUUGAUACGUGCAGCCAUCCAUUACCCUUUUGUGGCACUGUCUAUGCAAGGUCUGCCUAUUAACGGGAUCCUGACUUAUUGGGCUCGGACUCUGUAUGCAGCCGCUUAAAAUUGUGAAGUGAAAUGGCGAUCUCUCAGUCUCAGUAAACAUGCUGUACUCGCUGCGCUUUGCCGUCGCACUACUUUCAGUUUGCCCAGUAUUAUCAUUGCAUCCUUAUGACUUCGUGACAAUACCGAUGAAACAGGAUGGCAUCAUUCCAGAUGUUAUUCCGGCCAAUCCGCCAUUCCAUCCUCAAGCGCUUCUCUCCGUCACAUUUCCAACAGGGCCUGCACUGCUCGGCAACACCCUUGACUCCACGAGCAGUGUUACUCCACCUUUAGUUAGCUUCACGCCAAUGCAUGGCGAAGCUCUCUACACCAUCGUCAUGACGGACCCCGAUGCACCCACAAGGGAGAAUCAGGAAUAUGGGCAAUACAGACAUUGGUUGGCUACGGGCGUAGGGCCUCCCCAAGCCGUCAAUGCCUCUGCAGAGUUUACGCGACCAGAUACAACUGCGUACCUUUCUCCCAACCCUCCUGCGGGCAGCGGUUCUCACAGAUACGUGCUGCUGCUAUAUCGAGAGCCGAGCAUCAAUUUCGCAAUUCCUGCGGAUGCAGUCGAGAACGGAAACGAUUUCAACAGCAGGAAAAAUUGGAACGCUACCACUUUUGCUGCGAGCUAUGAUCUCAAGUUAGUAGCAGCUAACUUCUUUUAUGUGGAUGGGCCGUAGCAGUGAUAGUCCAUAAUGCGUCAGUUUGACCAUUUCGGCGUCUCUGGUGACGAAUCAUUAUCGUCACGAUAACGUGGUCAUGAGAGUGGAACCAUGCAUGUUUUGCUUCAGCGAAUUUGAUCGCGAGGACCUACAAAAUUUUGAUAAGGUUACGAACUGCUGUUUAAUGCGAUUCCUUCAUAGACCACAUUCUUGGUGUGGUUGUUGUAUAGGAUGCCAGAGGAUUACCAAUCUCCGCAAUGGUCUCCGACGU